GAGGGCCUGGUGCCCCUCGGCCCUGUCUGUGGAGAUGACGGGAGGCCCGCGCUCCGCGCUCAGUCUGCCAUAGCCCGCGGCGGAGGCCGGAGCCCCGCGGAGUUUCGCUCUCCGCUCCCAGGUGCGGCCGAGGCGCCGUCCUUCCGGGCGCUGGGCGGGGCGCGCAGUUCGCGGCGAUCCCGGUGUUCAUGACCUGUGGGGUCUCUCGGCUGAGUUCCGGCCUCGUUGGGGCGGAAUCUCUAAAGACAGUGGGUUUCAGCCAGAAACACAAAGACGAACGCCCAGCCGGCGGGGGCAGAGCCGGGGACACAAUGAGAUUUGUGGCACCCGGCUCCCCGAGGCUGGCGCAGGGGAGACCCCACAGCAGAGAAGCUCGGUAGCCCCAGUCAGUCGUGGGUUAGUUAAAACCGCAGAGCCUUUUCGACCCCUCGGAAGCGCGUGUGAAAAUCGCAAAUGUCGUCAAAUGAUGGAAGAUCCAGGAAUCGGGACAGGCACUAUGAUGAGGUCCCAGGCAACUUGCCCUAUCAAGAUGAUACCAUAGGAACCCUUCACAAUAGUGAGCGAGCAGUGAGCGCUGAUCCCUUGCCACCACCCCCUCUCCCAUUACAGCCACCAUUCGGCCCAGACUUCUACUCAAGUGACGCAGAGGAACCAGCUCUAGCGCCAGAUCUCAAACCAGUAAGGCGCUUUGUCCCUGACUCCUGGAAGAACUUCUUCAGAGGGAAGCAAAAGGACCCCAAAUGGGAUAAGCCGGUAUCUGAUAUCAGAUACAUCUCCGAUGGAGUGGAGUGUUCACCGCCAGCCUCUCCAGCAAGACCAAACCACCGUUCGCCCCACAACUCCUGCAAAGAUCCUUACGGAGGGUCAGAGGGAACCUUUAGUUCCCAGAAAGAGGCUGACGCAGUGUUUCCCCAGGAUCCCUAUGGAUCGCUAGACCGACACACACAAACAGUUCUAACAUACAGCGAGAAAGUGGAGGAGUAUAAUCUGAGAUAUUCCUACAUGAAGUCGUGGGCAGGCCUGCUGAGAAUACUGGGUGUGGUGGAGCUGCUUUUGGGGGCCGGCGUCUUUGCUUGUGUCACAGCUUACAUUCACAAGGACAGUGAGUGGUACAACUUGUUUGGAUAUUCACAGCCCUACGGCAUGGGAGGCGUUGGUGGACUGGGCAGUUUGUAUGGGGGCUAUUACUACAGCGGCCCUAAGACCCCUUUUGUACUCGUGGUUGCUGGAUUAGCUUGGAUCACCACCAUUAUUAUUCUCGUUCUUGGCAUGUCCAUGUAUUACCGGACCAUUCUCCUGGACUCUAACUGGUGGCCCCUAACUGAAUUUGGAAUUAACGUUGCCUUGUUUAUUUUGUAUAUGGCCGCAGCCAUAGUCUAUGUGAACGAUACCAACCGUGGUGGCCUCUGCUACUAUCCGUUAUUUAAUACGCCAGUGAACGCAGUGUUCUGCCGGGUAGAAGGAGGACAGAUAGCUGCAAUGAUCUUCCUGUUUGUCACCAUGAUAGUUUAUCUCAUUAGUGCUUUGGUUUGCCUAAAGUUAUGGAGGCAUGAGGCAGCUCGGAGACAUAGAGAAUACAUGGAACAACAGGAGAUACAUGAGCCAUCAUUGUCAUCGAAAAGGAAAAUGCUGCAGUGUGAAAUGGCCACCAGUGGUGACAGACAAAGAGAAUCAGAAGUUAAUUCCAAAGAAUUGAGAACAGCAAAAAUGAAACCUGAACUACUGAGUGGACACAUCCCCCCAGGUCACAUUCCAAAACCUAUCGUGAUGCCCGAUUAUGUGGCAAAAUACCCUGUGAUUCAGACGGAUGAUGAGCGAGAACGCUAUAAAGCUGUGUUCCAGGACCAGUUUUCAGAGUACAAAGAGCUGUCUGCAGAAGUUCAGGCUGUCCUGAGGAAGUUUGAUGAGCUGGAUGCAGUGAUGAGCAGACUGCCACAUCAUUCGGAAAGCCGGCAGGAACAUGAGAGAAUUUCAAGAAUCCACGAAGAGUUUAAGAAAAAAAAGAAUGAUCCUACAUUUCUGGAAAAAAAAGAACGCUGUGAUUACCUAAAGAAUAAACUUUCUCACAUAAAACAAAGAAUUCAAGAAUACGAUAAAGUAAUGAAUUGGGAUAUACAAGGUUAUUCUUAG